UGAAAAAGAGAGGGAUAAGACAAUCAACACCGACGGUAUCUAACAAUGGCAGCAUCCGCCAUGGACGGCGUUGCUGCGACGGCGCUCCGGUCAGUUCUUCAACGCGUGAAACAAGCAGCCGAAAGAUCAUCUCGUGCAUCCGAUCGGAUAAGAGUAGUCGCAGUGAGCAAAACAAAGCCCGUUUCACUCCUCCGAGAAGUAUACGACACCGGUCACCGGUGUUUCGGUGAAAAUUACGUUCAGGAAAUCGUUGAAAAAGCACCUCAGCUUCCUGAAGAUAUAGAGUGGCAUUUUAUUGGAAAUUUGCAGAGUAACAAAGUGAAGCCUCUGUUGACUGGGGUACCGAAUCUUGCCAUGGUGGAGACUGUAGAUGAUGAAAAGAUUGCAAAUAAUCUUGAUCGAGUUAUUGGGAACAUUGGCAGGAAGCCUUUGAAGGUGUUGGUCCAGGUGAAUACAAGUGGAGAAACAUCAAAAUUCGGAGUUGACCCCGAUGGGUGCUUGGCGCUUGUGAAACAUGUUACUUCAAACUGCCCGAACCUUGAGUUUUGUGGCUUAAUGACCAUUGGGAUGCCAGAUUAUACUUCAACUCCAGAGAACUUCAAGACAUUAGCCAAUUGCAGAACGGAGGUAUGCAAUGCUCUUGAAAUACCUGAGGAGCAAUGCGAACUGUCAAUGGGCAUGUCUGGUGACUUUGAGCUAGCUAUUGAAAUGGGCAGUACCAAUGUGAGAGUCGGAUCUACCAUUUUUGGAGCAAGGGAGUACCCAAAAAAACAAUGAAUGAAAUCAUUUUCGUGUAUUCAUAGCGAUGAAUUCAACCUAUAAACAUAUGAAUAAGCCUGAAAGAGGGGGGAGGGGGGGGGGGGGGGGGGACCUUUUCAUCCGAGGCCAAGGACUCAUGCGGGGCAUAUAUGGGCAUAUUUGAAUAAUUCUUUGAAUCUUACAUGUUCAUGUAGAGGCCGUGGCGUCUGGAAACAGCUAAUUGUUUUAUUGUGUUUGAAAUGCUCGGUUUAGUCCUACGGAUUUGUCAACGAUGGAAUUGUAUUUAACAUAUAAAUAUUUGAAGGUAUGAUGUUGUGGUAGUUUCUUAACGGGGCAUGACUAAAGGUGAUUUAUUAUAGAACGCUAAAACUACAAUGUAUACCAUUAAACA